UUUGUGACGUCAUGGGUCAAAGCCGACGGGUAAGAUCGGACGCUUCUGUAUUUCCCGUAACUGUGAUAAUAUGUAAAAUGGACGGCACUGUGAGAGGAAAGCUGACAGUUUCUAAUGUUCACAAAAUGUGAAGAUAGAAUUUCAGUGAAGAUAACAGGUAGUUGUAACCAUGGGACUGAGCUACCCGCUAAACAACCUGAAAGGGUUCGCAUCUAGUCGACCGCCGUUAGUGGUUUUCACGUUGUGUGUGACAGCAUUUGCAUUGACCACUCUUUCGUUAGCAUACUUCAUCAAGAACUCUGAUUCUGUACCAAACCCUGAUGCCGCAAUAGAUUGGCCAACAUUCCUGAGGCACUUGAGCAGCUUGGAUCUCUGCGUAUUGCCGGAUGAAACCACCUCAGUGACACAUGUCACAGCAAACAGUAGUGGGAGCCCUUCUACGACAACUGCAAUCUAUGAUGAGCAGUUGUCUGACAGCUAUGGAAAUGUCUCUAUUGCAGUGACUGCAUCUCUGAGCCUUAGGGAACAGCUGCCACAAAAUGUGACAUUCCUUUCUGGGUCCCUCCCACUUAGUGAAUGGGCUCAGUCGUGCUGCACAGGUGAGGCAGACAGCGCCUUCUCUGGGACUACGAAUCUCAAUGUGACGGUACUGUUGCCCCCUAAUGCGGCCUCCGUGACCGCCAACGGUUCUGCAACGAACUCUCGCGAAGUCUGCGUGACAUUCUCUGGCCCGCGUUCCAUGCUGCCCGCUGCCCAGCACUCGCCACCAACCUGCGGUAGUGGCGGUCUGAGUCUUUACACGGCGAGUGGCGGCACGGCGAGGCUGGUGGCCAGGAGCGGUGACCCAGCUGCCCUCGGCGAGAGGGUGGGUGACAGCUGGUGUGCGGGUGGGGCGCAGGUGCGCCUCAGCUACAGGGCUGGCCCGGGCUUCUCAGUCACACUUACCGUGCGUGAUCGUUCAUUGAUCAAUCUCCACUUGAUACACACGAGUUACUUCUUGUUUGUGAUGGCCAUGACCCUGAUAUGCUAUGCCAUUAUCAAAGGAAAGCCAAAGCAAAAGACUAUUAUCAUAGAAAAGGUUCCGCUGGAUCCGUAAGCUAUAAACACAAGAUGAAAAGUCAUUUGUCAUCAAUUUUGGACAGUAACUUGGACUUUUUUGUCUCAGGACUUUGUGCUACAGGUUCUUAGUCUACACAGCCAUUUUGUUGUCUCUAGUUUGGAGAUUAAGCACCAACAAUGUAAGAAGUCAACAAUGUGCUAGCAGUAAUUAUUCUUUGUGUUUAAAAUGUCCUCUUAUGGGCCUAACUUGGACAAGAAAUUGUCAAUAGAGAGAAGUGUAUUUAAAGUUAUUCUUGUUUAGAAACCUUAAUCAACAAGUUGUUGAACUAGAUACACUUGAAUAGUGAUGGUAUUAUUGAGAGCUAUUUAUGUGAAAAUUAAUGGAACUGAAGAGGAGUUGCUUGUCAACUUUUGUGUAAAUACAUGUGUUGUAUCAUCCUGAUUUAUUGUUCAGAAAUGGCCUUUGUAAUCAGACUGUAAGAGCUUUAGCAUUGUAAGAAUACAGUGUUGGUGUGAACAGUAUUACUGUCUUAAGUGGAUGUCCUCAUUUCUGUGCUACAUUUUUAAGUUUUCAUGAAUUUAUCACGCGGCAGGGGGAGAGCCGUGCAGUGUAUAUGUGACUCAUCAUGUGUGCCAUUAUGAAAUACAAUAUUAAGAUAG